CUCAGUGACCGCCCCUCUUCUGUGACGAUCUGACCCCUUGGCAUCUAAAACAAGACGGGAAGGUCAAAGUAUCACCGUCUUACCCGCUGCCAUGUUGUGGUGUUACUUUCGGCUCAACCUGGGCAUCCGAACUCUGAUCUCAAGACUCUGGGCAAUAGCAUGACGGCAUGCCGAUGAGGGUUUUGAUUCGUUUUGGGGAACCAAGCCAGUCUGCCUGGGAACUUGCAGCUUGGGAUUACGAAAUAAUGGGACUCCGGAUCAGCCAUAUAUGAUCGGGAUGGCUUCUCCUAGACAUCAAAGCGAAUGCACAUCAUCCUCGUUACUCUUCGGGAACGUAAUUUUCACGCCGAACCAAGAUGUAUCGCUUUUUACUCUCCCUCUCCUUAGCAACUGUUACACUUGCCUGCUUGCGAGAAUUCAACCAAGCUCCGAAACAUACUCACCGCAAGCGCAAUUUCAGGCGACAAGCUGCCUUCCCACCCGUGCUCACCGAUCAAGAAACCACUCUUGUCAACUCUUUUGACAACAAUACCAUUGAUCAAUGGUCCUACUACUACACGCACGAGAACAAACUUGCCGGACUCGGCCGUGCAUCAGCUCAAUGGACAGCUGACAAAUGGGCGGAGUACGGGUUCCAGUCUCGUUUGGACGAGUAUGAGGUCUAUCUGAGUUAUCCCGUGUCUGCUUCCUUGCAUGUGACUUUUCCGAAUGGGACGACGCAGGAGGUCAAUAUCAAGGAGGACGUUUUGCCAGAAGAUGAUGUUACAGGCAGACCAGAUAAUCAGCCAACCUUUCACGGAUUCUCGGCCAGUGGUGACGUUGAGGCGGAAUAUGUUUAUGUUGGACGUGGACAACAAGUUGAUUUUGAGCGCCUAAUUGAGCUUGGUGUCGAACUUGAGGGCAAGAUUGCCCUUGCGAAGUACGGGGGCCCUUUCCGGGGUCUGAAAGUCAAAAACGCUGAAGAGCAUGGAAUGAUCGGAACUGUCAUCUUCUCUGAUACUGAUGGUGAUGGUGAAAUUACGGUUGCCAAUGGCUACGAAGCAUAUCCUAAUGGCCCAGCAAGACAUCCAAAUGCCGUCCAAAAAGGCUCAGUUCUCUUCCUAUCCACCAACCCCGGUGAUCCCACUACACCAGGCUACCCUUCCAAGCCCGGGUCUCCGUGUACAGGGACCGAAAACGUGAUGCCUCAAAUCCCAUCCAUUCCCAUCUCUUACUCUGCUGCACAGUCCCUCCUGCAAGCUCUUGACGGGCACGGAACACCCGGAGCUGAAGUUAAUCGAACUGCUUGGGUUGGGGCCCUGAACGCGACGUAUAGCACUGGACCUGCGCCGGGUGUCAAGCUAUCUCUUCACAAUCUGAUGGAGAGUAACAUCACGACUAUAUGGAAUGCAAUUGGAUGGCUUAAUGGAACCAAUAGUGAUGAGACGAUUGUUGUGGGCAAUCAUCGUGAUACGUGGAUGAUUGGUGGUGCAGGGGAUCCAAAUUCUGGAUCGGCGAUCAUGGUUGAGUUGUCAAAGGCGUUUGGAAAGUUGCUUGGGUCUGGGUGGAAGCCGAAGAGGAACAUUGUUCUAGCUUCUUGGGAUGCCGAAGAGUAUGGUUUGAUUGGAUCCACUGAAUGGGUCGAAGAAUACAUUAACUGGCUCACCGAGACUGCUGUCGCCUACUUGAACAUCGACGUCGCAGUAUCUGGGCCACGACCAUCUCUUUCCGCUACUCCCGAACUCCAUAAAAUUGCAUUAGAGCUUUUCGAGAAAGUCAUUCAUCCCAACGAUGGAGCUUUUAACAUCUCACUCUAUGAAGCCUGGAACGAAGCCUCUAAUGGAGAAAUUGGGGUUCUUGGAAGCGGAAGUGAUUAUACCGCGUUCUUGCACAAGGGGAUAAGUUCUCUCGACGUCGGAUCCGGCGGCGGCCCCACAGACCCAGUCUGGCACUACCACUCCAAUUAUGACACCUACCACUGGAUGUCCACAUUCGGCGACCCAGGCUUCCACCUCCACUCCACCAUGGGCCAAUUCCUCACGCUCCUCACCUACCACCUCUCAUCCGACAAUCUCCUCCCCCUCGACCUCCCCAACUACGGCGUAGAAUUACAAGCCUACUACGAGGACCUCCAAGACGUGAUCUCCUCCGCCUCCUCCCCCACCAAUUCCACCUCCAGCUCCAACUCCACACUCGACACCUCCUCCCUCCUAUCCGCCAUCCAAACCUUCCAAGCCCGCGGAAAAGAAGUCAAAGAUCUCGAACAACAAGCCAUACUAACCAACAACAGCGAGCUAAUCACAGUCGUCAACCACAAAUACCGUGAUUUCCAGCGCGGGUUCGUCUCGCAGGGUGGAUUACCGACGAGGGAGUUUUACAGACAUGUUGUUACGAGUCCCGGGCUGGAUACCGGGUAUGCGGCUGUGACUUAUGCGGGGAUUACGGAGGCUGUGGAGGCGGGGGAGUGGGAUGUUGCGAGGGAGUGGGUGGGGAGGACGGUGAGGGGGAUUGAGAGGGCGAGUGAGAUUAUUAAGACAUAGGGAGUGAGGGGGG